AGCUGGAGGAGGAGGACGCCGCCGCUCCUCCGCUCGCUCACCGACUCCUCUCCUUGUCUCUGCGGGCGUCAGGCUGCACACACCCGGCGGGAUGGAGCCAGCGGGCGCGUACGGCGCCGGGAGGGCCGGGAGCGUCUCCUUCGACCCGGUCGCUUUCUUCACGCAUCCCCGGACCAUCCUCCGACUGAUGUCGUGGGUUUUCUCCGUGGUGGUGUUCAGCUGCAUCGUGAACGAGGGCUACAUCAACAUCGGCAGCGAGCGGCUGCUCUGCGUCUUCAACAACAACGCAGACGCCUGCAACUAUGGCGUCACUGUGGGCGUGGCCUGUUUCCUGGGCAGCAUCUGUUUCCUGAUCCUGGACGUUUACUUUCCCUCCAUCAGCAACAUCCGGGACAGAAGACGCGCUGUCCUGCUGGACCUCGUCUUCUCCGGCCUCGCCAGCUUCCUGUGGUUCGUUGGCUUCUGUUUUCUGGCCAAUCAGUGGCAGUCGACCUCCCCAGACGAGCUGCCAUUGGGCCAAGGCUCCGACGCCGCCAGAGCCACCAUCACUUUCUGCUUCUUCUCCAUCCUCUCCUGGACCGUGCUGACGCUGAGCGCACUGCGACGCUUCCUGACCGGCAGCAAAACAAACCUGUUCACAUGGCAACAUCUGGAGACCGCCCCGGGCAACGCUCGUGCUACACCGUAUCCCAUCGCCAACGGUGCCACCAUAGUGACCACCAACCCCUACCAAGCCCCGCCCUUCACUGAGACCCUGGACCCGCAGAAACUCACACAGCAGAGACCGAUGGCCCCCGCCUUCUAGAGACAGACACAUGGACAGAGAGAGAGAGAGGAGGUGUGAGAUGAUCCACGCCUCACGGACAACUUCCUGCCUCGCUGUUUUGUAGCUUUCCAUUCUCUCCUGGGACUGGUGGGACUGGGAUUGGUGGGAUUUGGGGGGUCAUGUGAUGUACGGUCUAGUUUCACCAUGUCAACUGCUGGCUGAGCUUAGUUGUGACUUCUCUGUGUCAUGAAUACCGUCUAAUGUUCCUGCAGACACACACACACACACACACACACACACACACACACACACACACACAGCCGCACUGAAACCACAGCUGUACUCACUCACACCUGGAAACAGACCUACGGGUACACCUGGACACACAUGUUUAUACACCUGGAAGGAUACACACACACACACACACACACCUUGACUGCAUGUUCAAAUGGUGAAGUGCAGAUUAACAUAGAUGUAGAUCAGUGAUGACGUUGCCAAAUUAAAGGACACAAGGUCUUAUCUAUGGUGUAUUGACAGUUCUGUUUGCCCUCAGCCUUUCUCUCCAAUCACAAGCUGCCCUGCAGAAACGUGGCCUCCCAUUGGCUGAAAUUGACACAGUCGGGCGCCUUGACCAAUAGAUGUGAGCAAACAAGUGAGGGGGGAGGGGGUUGGGGAUAGAACUUGCUGGAAUUGGUACAUUUUCUUGGCAGGGAAAUAAAGGCAGGCCGGCUUAAUGCAUUCUGAACGCUAUAGUGUUCCAGUGUGAAAUAUUCAUGUGAUUAAAUAUUUUAUUGUGAUAUGCUGAAGUGGAAUAAUGAAGUAUGGAAAAUAAAACCUAUC